AUGUGGCGCUUAAGUCUAAAACCACAAAGCACCAACACUUAUUGGGGUCAUGUUGGUGGUUAUCUCGAAGCAUUUCAAAGUAUCAGCGAAAAAGUGGCUAAUCUAAAAUCACGUACUGUCGCCUAUCAAAUUAAAGCUUAUCGAUUAGAACGAGAUCCAACAUCCAAUGUUGCGGAGAAACUGGUUGAAUUAGCGUCGUCAAAGAAAACGUUGACCACUUUUGAUUUUGGAACUGACAGUUCGUCAUGGGGAUAUCAUAAAUUUUGUGAGACGAGAAAUAUUUUCCCCAAUGGCGACAUCUCGACUAAUGUCAAUUUGGUGAUCCGAGUAUCAAUUUGGAAUAACAAUAACAAUCCCCACAGCAAUGCUAGUAAUAUGAAUGGUAAUAACAGCAGCAACAACAGCAUUGAAAUUCUCAGCAAUAAUACUACAAAUAUUGGCGGAAGCAGCGGCAAUAACAACAAGAAUCAAAUAUCAAAUAAAAUUAUGCAGACUCAUGAGAAGGAUCUUUCAUUCUUUGAGCAACUCUUUAAUGAAAAAAGAUUCUCUGAUGUUCAAUUUACCUUUGAUGAUGGAUCAAUGAUAUAUGCACAUCGAGUUAUAUUGGCUGCUAGAUCAACUUAUUUCGACAAAAUGUUUGACGGCGAAUGGUUGGAAACUCAAAAUAAAAAAAUACAAAUCAUCGGGGUGAGUUUCGACACAUUCUACGCUUUACUAUACUACUUAUACACAAAACAAAUUCCCACGGAGUUUCCAAUCGACAAUCUUGCAGAACUUUAUUCAGAAGCCAGGAUGCGUGUGUUACCUAAACUUGCCCAAGCGGCUGCUGGAUUAUUAGUCGAACAUUCUGGACCAGAUAAUUGGGAUGUGGUGUUUAUGCUUGGUCUGAAGCACGAUGACCAUUUUUUGCGAAAAGGAGGAUUAAAAUAUGCUAUACAAAACUGGGAACAAGUUGUAGAUGAUGAAAAAAUCAAGCAGAUUGCUGAAAUGGGUGGUGUGAAAGCGAUUGAACAAUUAUUUUCUGCUCGAUAUUUCGGUAUUUAG